AUACGUUAUAUGUACAGUACUUCUACCACAUUUUUUUUCUUUCACUCAGAACGUCUUCUUCCACAACUGACGAGACAGAUCCCCUGCGCCAUAGACUGUGCCAUGUGCUCCUUUUUGCGGUUAUAGGACGUCCAUUCAGUAGCACUAUAUCCUUAUCAUGGAUCCUUUCGACAGGCUCACAAACCUAACCACAAUUGCCGAAGAAGCGGAGCUCAUCUCUCUCACUGGCACACCUUCGGUUCGCUCAGGGACUACCGUAGGUCUCGGCACCCUGUCCAGUCGAGCAAUUAUGGCUGUAGGUGAAUACGCGGUUAAGGGCAUAGAAAAUGUGAAUAUUCGUCGGAAGUUGGGGAUUGCUUCCUUCCAGCUGCGCCAACAAGGUGCAGUUCCGAAGCAGGUUAUCGAUGACCUUCUUGAGCUUCAGAGGAUGGGACUGUAUUCCGCACCUCUUCGCGAGAGAGCCUGCGAUCUUCUGAUGGCUACGCUUAUAAAGCAAGGACUCGAGGAGACAAUUCAGUUACUGAAACAGUGGUCCGCGAUCGAAAUACAGUACUUUCUGAGGCAAUUCGCUGCUUUCAAGUUGACCCGAUGGCACACUUCCGGAGACAAUACACUAGUUACAGACCAGUUAGCCGUAACCUCCGUCUGCGCGAGGUUAAUCCAAGCAGUCCUAGAUAAAGAUCCUACCAUGAUACACCGACGCCUUUGAUCUAGAGGAAAUCUGUCUUCUCUUGACAACGCAACCCACGUGGCAGUACGAAGGAGAGUAUCAGGAUCCGCUCGAGUCUUUCAUGGACAGCGAGUUUGUCAGUAAUAGCGAUAGCGAUCAGCCUCGACUAUCUCUUGUCGCCAUUACUCUUGCACAAUUCGUGCGGACGGGUCCUCCGGACCAAUUGCAGUAUAUGGUUGGUUGUAUCUCAGAGAGGAUACACUCGUAUCGCCUGUCACUGUCAUUCACCGAAACUGAUACCUUGGGCUCUGCUACCUCUGUCAG